GGCGUGUCGACAGGAGUCAAUUCGUGGAGCCUGGCGCCCAUUUUCGUUCAAGAAACGCAGCCACAUGCACGCGUCGUUGGUGCGACACUGCCGCACGCACCGCCGUCAUGCCACCGCGGCCUUGGGCCAAGGAAUCCCUUGCAUGAUGAUGAUGUCUACAUCCGCCACGCAGAUCCCCCCACCUAGUCCCCGUUCUGGCAUCUUCAACACGAACUUUGACGUGACCCAACCCAAACACCAAGAGCGCAUGGAGCGAUGGAAGUGGGUGCUCGACUUGCUUGGAUAUUACAACGAAGAUGCCCGAAUCAGCAGCAACUCUGCGUUGCUGUAUCAUAGCUGCGUGAACCAAGCCGCGCAUCCUUCGUUCUAUCGUGCAUUGGACCUGCCGACGGACUUUCGCGCGCAACAGGCGCUGUUGAUGGUGCACGUGUGGAUCGUCCACCGCCGACUUAUUUCGACCAAGUCGUCCGGGAAGAAUGACCCGGGCAAGGUGUUGCAGGAAGCCCUCUUCGACCGACUCUGGGACGACACGACCUUCCGCAUCCGCCACCAAAACGUGUCGGAACUGACCGUCAACAAGCAUUUAGGCGAAGUCCAGCAGCGCUGCUUCAGUCAAUGCGUCGCUUUUGAUCAGCAUUUCAACGCGGCCGGGUCCAAGACCGUCCUGAACGACGCCAUUUCCCGCCACGUGCUCAAUGUCGAACCCAACGUCAAGCCCAGGCAAGCGGCGCUCCUCGCAUCGUACGUCCUCCGCGAGCUCAAAAGCAUUCAAAAGGCGAGCACGGAAGAUUUGGAAUCGGGCGCCAUUUCAUGGGGACUUCCACUCGACGCAGGCCAACGCACUGACGCCGUCGCGACCGACGACGACUACGACGCUGACCUGAUCGGCCAGAAGUACGGCGACUGGCGAAGCGCGUUGGACAUUCGUGGAAAGAAGUACUUUUGGAACCUCACCACGCGCAUGUCGGCGUGGGAGAAGCCUACCAAAGCAGGACAAUAGAUGAACCUUACUACAGUGCCUACGUCCAUGCGUCCA